GGCCUCGUGGCCAAAUCGUCAGCUCGUGUUCGAUUGUUUGUUUCAGUUGCCCGCCUCACUUCACCGGCUCACCGUGCUUCACCUGCUAUCUUCCAUGGCGGCGGCUCACCUCUUCUGCUCCGCACCGGCCGCCUAUCGCGCCGCGAACCCACGGCCCCUUGCUACCCGUGGCCGCGCCAACCCCGCCACGGGAACGUAUCUGGUGCUCAAAGGGGUAUGGUGCUCAUGUGCACAUUUCCCCCGGGCCACACCAUCGAGAAGAUUCUUCCCCUGCCGCGCGUCGCUCAGCCCCGAUGGAUCGCUGGCCAUGCUCGGGGCUCCCAGUCCCAGGAUGGCGCCACCGAUGAGGAAGCCGUACAUGCGGGAGCACUCUUGCCUCAUCUUCCCGCCCCCGCGCGGUCGACGCCCGCUGGCGGUCAUCAAGUUCCUCGGCGGCGCCUUCAUCGGCGCCGUCCCCGAGGUCACCUACGGCUACCUGCUGGAGCUCCUGGCGCUGGAGGGCUUUGUGGUCGUGUGCGUACCAUACAACGUCACCUUCGACCACGAGGCCGCCGCGCGGGAGGUAUUCCAGAGUUUCCAUGCCUGCUACGACGCGCUGCUCGCGUCGGGGCUCCCGGAGGCCGGCCUCAGCGCCCUGGACAUCGCGGAGCUCCCGCUCUACUCUGUUGGCCACAGCAACGGGGCACUGCUUCAGCUGCUAGUGGGAAGCUACUUCUCAGAAAGGAUACCAGAGGCUAAUGCCAUUGUCUCAUUCAACAAUAGGCCGGCAUCGGAGGCUGUGCCUUACUUUGAACAGAUAGGGCCCCUUUUUAGGCAACUGAUGCCUAUGAUGGAGGCCUCGCCUGUUUACUCGAUGGCCAGAAAUGCAUCAGGAUAUGCAUGGAAAGCUCUAUUUGAUUUAGCUGGAGGUCUUUUACGUGAGUAUGAUCAAGAAGCUACGGUAUCUCUGAGCAAAUUUAUUGAUCAGUUACCAUCAGUAAUGAACCAGGUUUCAGAAGGUGUGUCUGAAUUUAAACCAACACCACCUGAAAACCGUGAAUUCUGCAAGAAUUCCUACAGUGUACCCAAUACAUUAUUGGUCAAAUUCACUGUAGAUGCUAUUGAUGAUACAGACAUAGUUGAAGAUGUCCUGAGACCCCGCGUUGAUUCAAUCGGUGGACAAAUAAAGAAGGUCAUACUGUCAGGAACACAUCUAACUCCAUGUAUACAGGAUGUCAAAUGGCAAGUUGGUUCAGAAUACACUCCAGCAGAUGCCAUUGCACAAGGAUUGAAAUCAUUGGCUCUUAGUGAAACAAGAGUCCUCUCAAGAACAAUUGCUGAUUGGUUUACAUCCCUUUAAAUUUUGAGUUAUUCAAUACAUCUGUUGAAGUUUGGAGUUCUUCUUACAAAGGAAUGCCUUCAUCAGGUCUCAACUUCCCAUUUUGUUGAAGCAGUCCACUAUUGUAAUGAGAUGUAAGGAUACAAUGUAUUAUGUAUGGCACAUAAGAGCAGUGCAUUUUUGGGCUGUGCUGAGCUGGUCAUGCUCACCCGCAGGCCCUAGCCGUACUACAAAUAUCUGAUCAAGAUUGGUGGUUUGGGGCCUUACUUGGAUCGUAGUUGCAAGCUAUAAAAAGCAUCGAACCCAAAAGUCCAAGCAGCUCGAUCCUGUUUGAGGUACGGUGCCAGCAAGGUUAAGUUGGCCAAAUCUGUUGCACGCAGACAGCCCAAUGGGGGUUUCUGCAGGCUGGCGAAAGUAAAGGCGUGCGAUAGGAAAUCUGGGAAUGUUUUAUAUUGCCACAUUGUAAUUCCACGUUAUAGGCGUAUAGCUCAAAUACAUUUGGACGGUUUGGAGGUAUUUCGUUGGUGUGCUGGCAGUUGUUUCUGUAUCGUGCAUGUCUGUUGCAAGAAGGCCUGGAUGCUGCUGACCUGAGAACUGAUUGAUUUCGCUGACGCUUACAGU